AUGGAUGAGAAAGAGCAAAGGCGGUUACAAAGGAGGAGAGUUAUUGGUGCAUGGAGGGUGCCAUUGUUGACAGGGUUCUUAAUCUGUUUGUAUUAUUCGUACUUGUAUUCCUAUAAGUUUUUUGUUCAAGAGGCUUAUUUAAUAGAUAAGCGUAAUCCACAGGUAGGCACUGGAUUUAGGCUUACACGAAUACAUCAUCAUGGUGUUGGUAAGGAUUAUGGGAGGCAUAUGGUCGUUGAUAUGAAUCAGAAGUAUAUGGAGGCAGCAUGGCGAAACUUUGAGGAGCUUGUUUCGGCGAAUGUAGACGGUGAAGAGGAGCUUUGGACCACCAACAAAGAGUAUGCGGGUGUUAAUCCUUUUAAUUAUACUUUUAGGCUGAAGCAAGAUGUUAUCAAGAUGGUACGUUUAGCGGAGCGGGAACCCGACUGGGUAGAAAGUUACUUAGAUUUUGCACGUGAGAAUCCGCAACUGGCUUCCAAGGUUGACUUUGAUUGGGUUGAUGAUGAUGUUGUUGCUCCUAAUAUUUCUGACAAGGAGACUGUUAUAUCCCUCGCGUUGAUGUCUUCGAAUGCAUAUGUGAAGUUGCCGAAUACUGGAGAUUGGCGCAACAUAACAUCAUGGGAUAACCCAGAUACAGAGGGGGACGGUGGGCUUGGAUGGGAUAGCGAUGGGCUUAGGGCACACGUAUUUAACAAUGAGGACAAUUCAAUUGUUGUUAUUGCAAUAAAGGGCACCAGCAGUCAGAUCAUUCCCGGGUCGGGAAGUGAGGGAAGUGAUGAAACCAGUUCUAACGAUAAAAUAAACGAUAAUUUGCUAUUCUCAUGCUGCUGUGCGCGUGUUAGUUAUUUGUGGACAACGGUCUGUGACUGUUAUAUGAGCUCCUACACCUGUGAUGAGACCUGUUUGGAGAAAGAACUCAGAAGGAAGGACCGCUACUAUCACGCUGCUCUAGACUUGUAUAGACAGGUGCAGAGAGACUUCCCACAUUCAACCAUUUGGAUGACUGGUCAUUCUCUUGGUGGUGCUCUCUCUAGUCUCAUAGGUAGAACUUUUGGAGUACCGGCUGUUGCAUUCCAAGCUCCUGGUGAGCUAUUAGCUGCAAAAAGGUUACAUCUUCCCCAACCUCCGGGAUUGCCACCCUAUACGCAGGGUUUAUGGAAUUUCGGUCAUACCGCGGAUCCUAUAUUCAUGGGAACUUGCAAUGGUGCCAGUUCCUCAUGCUCCAUGGCCGGCUAUGCGAUGGAAACAAGCUGUCAUAUGGGCAAGAGUUGCGUCUACGAUGUCGUAAACGACUCUGGAUGGCAUGUAAACUUACUGAAUCACAGAAUACAUACCGUAAUUGAUGAAAUCCUCAUGAAGUAUGACCAUGUGGCUUUCUGUAAAGAAGCAGAACCGUGUCAUGACUGCCAUAACUGGGAUUAUAUUAGAUAUAAAGGGGAUCAACCCCAAAAAUCACCCUCCUUACCUUCCUCUACCUCAAGAGCUACAAUUACUACUAUUUCCACCACUCCAGACCCUUCUUCUUCAUCCACAUCCACCUCCACAAGCGCAUCAUGCAAAGGUCGGAACUGGUUCGGCUUUUGCACCGAAUAUGCAACAAUCCAUAGUACUGCUAUUUCCAAUUCGAUACCAUAA